AUUCCAAUGCAGUUCCUAGAAAACGGCUGUAGUUACUGGAACGAAAUGUUUACUCGUAUAAUUUCGUAUGGCACGUUUUACUGAAUUCGGUUGUGUUUAAAUCGUCACCGCAGUUAAGACAGUGAAUUUUUGUGAUUUUUUUUUAUGGAAAUGAUGCGUACAAUUACUCUAGUCAAGAUGCAUCAUGGCGACGGAGAAAUGUGAAACUGUCUCAAAAAACCUGUCCAAUUGUGCUCAGUAAAAUGCUCAAAAUUAAAAGUAUAAAAGAAUGGAAUCAGAAACGAAUUGUGAUAUAAAAUCAGAUUAUCCGUCCACGAUGAGUGCACAAAUAUCAAACAGAGGUUUAAUAACUAUAGAUAAGAAUUUGUUUUAUGAUUUAGAAGGAGGGUGCCACACCAGCCAAGUUGAGAGAUCUGAAUUAUCGGGAAAAACCCUAGAAACCCUUCGGAACAUACCUAUUUUAAAAGCUCAAAAUAUCGAAUACCUACCACCUGACGUUCAAAAUUGUGUUGAGAUUAACAGCAGCGAUGUGAUGAAUAUACCAGAGAAUGAAAUAUUGCAGAUACAAUAUCAAACUGAAAAUGGAAUGGUGAAUGCAGAAUAUAUUGUAGAUGAUCAAUUAUUACAGAUGGAGAUCAAAUCUAAUAAUUCUAACUUUAUGGAAAUGAACCAGGAGAAUAUUUUUAACGGAAAUGGUUUACCUUCUGAGGUUUUGUUCGAAGAACAUAUAGAAGACCCGAAAGCAGUAACGACUGGUUUCAAUGAAGAUUUAAGAAUCCAAGUGAACAACACUGACCACGUCAACACAAUUAUGCUCAGCCCGAAGAGUGAACAUGAGGAUUCUCUCGAAACAGACCUAACAAGCCUGCAUUGGCUGCAUAAUAUCACGAAUAUUAUGUCUGUUCCCAACCUACCCACACCUCCUGUGUCCCCAAAACCAAAGAAGAAAAAUAAUUCUAGUCAAGAAGAUUUAACUAUUAAUAUAAAUUAUUAUAAGAAGAAUGGAGAUAAAAAACCCCCCUUCAGUUACGCUACGCUUAUUUGUAUGGCAAUGGGAAAAAAUGGAAAUAAAAUGACCCUGUCAGCAAUAUACCAGUGGAUUAGAGAAAAUUUUUUGUAUUAUAGGAAGGCGCACCCCAGUUGGCAGAACUCUAUCCGACACAACCUAUCGCUCAACAAAUGUUUCAUGAAAGUAGCACGAUCAAAAGAUGAACCUGGAAAAGGCGGGUUCUGGAAACUCGACUUGGAACGCCUGGAAGAAUCCAGAAGAGCGAAGCGAAGGUCAAGUCUCACCGUGAGAGCACCGAGAAACAGACAUCAAAACAUACCGAAACCCGUGAAGAAAACCAAGAGAUAUAGACCAUACCAAAAUACGGGUGAGCGGAAACAUAACAUCCUCUCCAACAUAUCGAUCUGCGGCGAAACGGACAUCGAAAAUUCCGAAGAUAGUUGCCUGAAGAGAAAGGAUAAGAACGAUGGCAAAAAGGUGAUGAGUAAAAACGAUCAGGAAAAAGUGUUUAUACCAUUAUCUAUGCCCAACCAGAGCGUCAUUACGGAACCCGUGAAUCAGUCUGUUGCGGAGGAUGUGCUAUCCGGACUGCUGAUGAAUAUCAACGGAUGGGAGGACUGUCAGCUGGAAAUGUUGGAUUCUCUUCUAGAUUCUUUGUAAAUACUUGAAUCACUUUCGGAAUAGGUUAAUGCAAGUGUUGAAUAAUAGUUCUUUAUCGGAAGCGACGUUCUGAUAUUUUCGGAUCAACUAAUGAAACAAUGUCGAUAAUACAAAAAACAAGAAAUUGAUUUCUCGACAAGAACCAAAUUUAUGUACAUGAAACUUCACUAGUUACUCUGAAUUAAUCAUUUUUUUUUCAAUACAAGACGUGUCGAAAUUAACUAUCAUUUUGAGCUAGGGAUGCCUCGUUAUUGGCCGAUUACCGAAUAUUCGACGAUUCAUUCGGCUGAAGGUACGAAGGUUCCGCCAAAGCUAGCUUAUCAUUAGUACUCUAGUUGUAAUGAGGCUCAUUUCGAUACAAUUUUGUUUCAUCAGUAAUUCAAGGAUACUUUAUUGAAAAAAAUAUCAAAAUUGAGUAACACAACACUUUUAUCUAAUGAGAACAUUAAAUAAUUGAAUCAAAUUGUAAUGUCUUCACUUAUUUUGCUAUUGGGAAAACUGGGUAAUGGUACCAUUAGAAGUCAUACUCGAACUGAUUUAUUGAAACAUAAAAUAUAUCAUGGGUAUUCCUCUUACUUUAAUUAACUUGAGAGGGGAUGCGCAAUAUAUCACAUUUCUCCCCCUAUAAUUUACAUAUUAUAUACAUCCAAAACUAUCUAAACUAUUAUGCAUUCUAAUCAAUAUGAAAUAUAUAUUGAAUAAAAACAAUUAAGUAUAAACCAAUCUAUCGGGAGGUUUAACAUUUCUCCUCAAUAUUCUGGUAUUUAUUACAAUUUUAGAUUCAUCAUUAUCAUCAAUUGUUUGUUGUUCUACAGCAACUUCCUGGUUCACUUUUCUUUUCGUUUUGAAAUUUCAGGAUUGGUUGUAUAAUCAAUCUCAGGAAGCCUUCCUUUUGAUCUGGUUGGCAUGACGUUUCCAAAUUUCAUUCACGCCUGAAAUUUCCACCAGAAAGGUACAUCUUUCUAUUUUUCCUUUGAUCCAAUUAACCUGAUGCCUAUCCCUGUUUUACAUCAAAUUCAUCUCCUAUAUUGAAACUAACUCCUUUAUUACCCACAUAGAUUAACCUUUGGUUGGCUUGCUCUCUAUCUACCCUCCUAUCGAAAUUUUCAUCUUUAAUUUCACUAUUAGCUAACAAAAGAUCAAAUCUAUUUCUCAAAUUUCUACCAAACAUUGGUUUAGCUGGAGUGACGCCGGUGGUACUGUGUGGUGUAUUUCUGUAAUCUAGUAAAAAUCUACAAAGAAUAGUUUCUGUCUCUGUCGAAAUGUUUCGAUAAAGUUUUUUCUUUAAAGCUAUUUUAAUAGUUUUGACACUAUUUUCAGCGGCACCGUUCGAACUGGGAUGAUAUGGAGGAGAGGUUAUCUGUCUGAUUCCGUUUCGACUCAAAAUAUCUUUGAAUUCUUCCGAAACAAAACCUUAACCAUCAUCCGACACUACUACUUUAGGAAGUCCGAAUCUUGCGAAUGUAUAGCGUAAUACUCUCAUCGUAAUACGAUGAAGUUGUUGAAGUAAUAUAUACUUCUAACCAUUUACAUUUAGCAUAGUAAUUUACUGUACCCAAAAAUGAUUUCAAACUAGUACAUUUGUCGGUCUCGGAGCUUUUUCUAUAGCUAAAGUUUUUUCUUUACUCGUGUGCAAACCUUCUUUAUUGAUAAUAUAACCAAGGUAAUUAACUUUUUCUGAAAGAAAUUGCAUUUUUCUAGAGAAAGUUUAAACCCUGAAUCUCUCAGUUUCUUUAAAACUAGCCUUAAUCUUUCUAAAUGUUCUUCCUCACUUUUACCAGUUAUCAAAAUAUCGUCAAGAAAAACAACCACGCCUUCAAUACCUCCCAACACCGAUUCCAUAAUUUUUUGAAAUUUUGCAGGUGCAGAUGAUAUACCGAAACAUAAUCUAACAUAUCUAAAUAAACCUUCAUGUGUUGAAACUUGUGACUUUUCAUCAAGGCAAAUUUGCUGAUAAGCCUCUGAUAAAUUAAGUUUGGUGAAAUAUUCACCCCCCUGUAGCUUACAAAAUAAUUCAUCAAUCCUAGGAAUUGGAUAUUGAUCCUCUUCGAUAUGAGGGUUUACGGUGAUUCUAUAAUCUCCACACAAUCUUACUGAACCAUUAUUUUUAAAAACAGGUACCACCAGUGUCGCCCAACUGCUGUACUCUACUGGUGCCAGAAUACCUAAAGAACAAAAUCUAUCAAUUUCAUCCUCAACACUUCAACGACUAGCAAACGGUACAGGUCUAGCUCUAAUGAACUUAGGCGUAACAUUUUCAUUUUUCAAUUCUUUUCCAAAAACAUCUCUCAAUUCAGACAAAAUAUUAUCUAAGGCUAAAUUUUUACAAUUUACAUAAUUCACUUCUCCGAAGUUAAUGCUAUACAUAUUCAAAAAAUAUCUUCCUACUAUUGGAGGACCCCCCUUUUCUUAAACAUUUAAUUCGAGUUUUCGCUGUAAAUUCUUAUACUUGACCUUGACCUCUAAAAUUCCAACUAGCUUUAUUUUAGAACCAUGAUAAAAAUAAAAGUAUUCAUUACAAGGUUUCAAUUUUAAUUUACUGAAUUUUUCUUUAUAGGUUUCAUCGAAAAUAGCAGAUAUGCUAGCACCCGAAUCUAUUUGAAACUUCAAUUCUACAUUUUCUACCUCAACUUCAAUCCAAAAAGCCUCGUUAUUUCUAUUAUUAUUCAUAACUGAAUAAUAGCAACGAUCAUCAAAAUUUUCUCUAUUCAAUUUAGUUUCUGAAACGAAAUUAUCAACCAGAAAACUCUGUCGAACGUUUUUUGCACAAAUUUUGGCCAAAUGGCCUGCUUUUUACAAAUUCUUCAUAUAUAAGACUUAAAAUAGCACUUAUCUUUUGUAUGACCGCUUCUUCCACAACAAUUACAACUCUGUGAUCGGUCCAUCCUCUUCUGAUUUGGUGGCGUCCUUGUUCUGUGAGUACUGCCAAACUUCUCACUCUAGCGGACCAUUCUUUAAUUGAUUCACCAGCGUUUUUCAUGCUGUUAUAAAAUUUUAAUCUUUUCGCUAAAACUGACUUCUGCGAUGUAAAAUAUUUGUCCAUCCCAGUAACGAGCUCCGUAAAUGAUUUAGUUUCAGGCAGAUGUGGGCUACACAUGUUGAACACUAGUUUAUACGUUCCUUCAUCUAGCAUAUUCAAUAAUAUCGAUUUCUUCUUGAUUUCAUCGGUCACAUCAUUUGCAUUAAAAUAAUUCUUCCAUCGGGCUUUGUAUAUGUUCCAAUCUGAAAUAUUCAGUUGAAAUUCCCGUAGUUGACCCAUUAAGUUCGCUGUGAACAUGUUGGUAACCACGUUUUCCGUCAUAGUGUACUUUUUCCGAUGAAACGUUGAAAACAAUUUACCAUCACUUCACUCAAUCAGUAUGAAGAAAUUAUAUUUUCCAAACAAUUUCAAUUUUGAUUUUCUCCUCGUCAAAUGUAAUUUCUUUACUUAUUUUGCUAUUGGGGAAACCCGGGAAACUGGGUAAUGAUACCAUUAGAAGUCAUACUCGAACUGCUUUAUUGAAACAUAAAAUAUAUCAUGUGUAUUUCCCUUACUCCAAUUCACUUGAGAGGGGAUGCGCAAUAUAUCACACAAAUGAUAUAAAAAAACUUUCUUAAAAUAUUUGUAUUAAUCUAAAUUCGAUUUAUUGACAUUAUGAUAAAAGAAUAGGUGAGAAUCUUUCGGUAUUUCUUGGAAGUAGCCGAUUCCAGUUUCUUUAUAAAUAUUGCCCAUCUCGCAGCUCAAUGCUUCGGAUUUCGCAUUGAACAUGUAAUGCCCGCCACUCACGAAGCGUUUUUUCGAGCGUUUGGUAGCAGGCGUUCAAGAGAUUCCAGACGGGCAGUAAAGUUCAUUCUCUGAUUUACAGUCGUGCGGUCGUGUGCCGAGCUGCCCAACUGUAAAAUUAUCCGAACGCUUGAACAUGGGCGCAUCGUGAGUGGCCGCCUUAACCUGCGUAGUGCGCAAAAGCUAACUGAUCUGAGAAAUCAUAAAUUUAAAAAAAAACGAAAAGCUAGAACUUUCAUCCUGGUUUUUAGCUCGUUAUCGACAUUCAUUAGACUUGAGUCCGAAAUUGGUGAGAUGAAUAUUUCGUGAUAUAUUUUCGACUGUCCUGAGAAUUUUUCUUAUUGUAUCAAAAGUGACAAAGUACCACAAACCUUUCAGUGCCUGUCGUAAUUAAAAUAAUUGUUAUAUAUAAUAUUUUCAAUACAAUCCAGUACUUAUCAAUCUAUAGAUUGGAGAUGCUCAGAAUGAAGAAAAAUGAUGUUAGUACCUAAUUUGUUCUAUACGGUUACAACAUUCAUUUUGAGUGACUCGAAUAGAAUCGAAUGUUUAGGCAAAGGUAUUUGAAAAACUUGAACUAUAGAAUGUAGAGCAGAUAUUUAUACAUAUUCUAAUCAUUAGAAUAAGACAAAAUUGUUUAUAAGCGUAAGUAACAUGUCUGACAUAUCAAUUUUCUGAAAUUAAUCUUUUGUGGAUUUCAUUAUGGUUUUCUUUAUUAAAUCCUAUUUCGAAAGUAAAGAUAACGAGUAGAUUCAUAUAUUUAAAUUUUUUCUAGAAUUCAAUGCAUAAAAUGAAAAAAAUUCUCGUUAAUAAAUAAUCGACAUUAAGAUGGCACAAGAAGUGUCAAAACAUGAAACGAGAUAAUUGUUCAUUGUCAUUGUUCAUUCAUUUGGCCAGUUUUUAUGAAGAAAAAUAUAAUGAUAAAAAGAAUUAAUAAAAAUUGGUUCAUGUUUAACUUUCUGCAUCUGAGUUUAAUUUUAAAUUGUAUUUAUUGUAUUUGAUUAAACUCAUUUAUUAUUAUUACUAUCUGAAACGUGGUGAUGACUACGUAAGACAAAUAGCAUUUUGAAUCGAGUUCGAAUCUUAUAGGUUGGGGGAACGUAAAAUGAAAAAAACAGUUUUUGUGAUGACCAUGUAUUCUGCAAAUUUUAUUCUUGUUUAUCAACUGUGAAUACAUGUUUAGGCGUCUUUAUAUUAGACAGUUUUAGUAAUUUUUAUGUUGAGUAAUUUGUAUUUUAUAAUUUAGUUCUGAUAUAUUUUUGUUUCUAUUCUUCUGAUUCACUAUAUUUUUUCAAUGUCCUGAUGAUGCUAAAAUACAAUUCGCAAAACGUUGAACAUCACAAAAAGUGUUUUUUUUUUCAAUUUCAUGUAUCCUUAUAUCAUAAAAUGCCAGCUUUGAUUUGAAAUAUUAUUUCUAUUCGUAUUCUUCUUCAGGUUUCAGAUGAAUAAUAUUAAACAAGAAACAAUUUAUAUUAUGAAACCUUCUCCUCACAAAAACUCUUUCUCUCCAAAUAUAUUUAAUAGUAUUAUGGCUUCUUGACUGAAUGCGGUAAGAGUUUUUCAAAAUGCUCUCUCGAUAUUUCUCAAGUUACCAUGAAGUUGAUCUUUUUUUGACUGAAUAAUUAUAACUUUUAUAUAAGAAAAUGGUUUUAUGGCAAGCAGACAAAUAUUCAACUCUGGACAAAGAACCUCCCCGGGCGGGAUUCGAACCCGCAACCUCCGAAUCACCAGUCCGUCGCUCUACCAACUGAGCUAACGAGGAGAUUGAAGAUUCUCCGCAACGAGGAACCACUAAUCCCAGAAUUGAGUGUUAGUAUGAAAUAUCUUUACGAAACUGUAAACAAUUCGCAAGGAUUGUGAAGUUUUUAGAUGUCAGUAUUCAAUUAAAUAUUGUCAGUGAUCGUCCUAUUUCCAUUUUACCAUUCAUCUAGCGUCGUCGAAUCAUUUCGACUUCAGCUUAUUUUCAGGUAUCUGAAACCUCCGACCAACCGGAUAGAUUGAGCCAAAUAGUAAUAAUACGAAAGUGAGUUUAACGUCUGUGAGAUAAAUAUAAGAAAAUAGUUUUAUGGCAAGCAGACAAAUUUUCAACUCUGGAAAAAGUACCUCCCCGGGCGGGAUUCGAACCCGCAACCUCCUUGUCUGCUUGCCAUAAAACUAUUUUCUUAUAUUUAUCUCACAGACGUUAAACUCACUUUCGUAUUAUUACUAUUCGGCUCAAUCUGUCCGGUUGGUCGGAGGUUUCAGAUACCUGAAAAUAAGCUGAAGUCGAAAUAAUUCGACGACGCUAGAUGAAUGGUAAAAUGGAAUUAGGACGAUCACUGACAUUAUUUAAUUGAAUACUGACAUCUAAAAACUUCACAAUCCUUGCAAAUUGUUUACAGUUUCGUAAAGAUAUUUCAUACUAACACUCAAUUCUGGCAUUAGUGGUUCCUCGUUGGGGAGAAUCUUCAAUCUCCUCGUUAGCUCAGUUGGUAGAGCGACGGAAUGGUGAUUCGGAGGUUGCGGGUUCGAAUCCCGCCCGGGAAGGUACUUUUUCCAGAGUCUGCUUGCCAUAAAACUAUUUUCUUAUCUUUAUCUCACAGACGUUUAAACUCACGUUCGUAUUAUAACGUUUAUGUUCGAUAUUUUGAGGUUUAUAAUUUUAUCUUGUCGUCAGUUCUUUCAUUCGUUGCCAAUAAAAUUCAUAAUAAUAUAUCUUUAAUCUUCUGAGAGUGUUUUUUAGAAAUUUCUUUCAGAGUUAAAAUUAUACUUUAUAUUUAUACAACGGGUAUGUUUACUCAAUAAUUCUGUUCAAGGUUCUGAAUAUUCUGAUGUUUCUCAUUUACAAAAUCAAAGUACCUAUUGAGCAUCGCAUUUAAUUCGAUGACUUCAACUGACCUAAGUAUAUCAUUUCAUAUAUCCAACAAAAAAAUGAUUCAAGAAAAAAUGUUGUAAUCACAAUUUCAUUAACCGAGAUGAAAGUGUAUUUUAUUUUAAAUUAUUAAUUUUCAUGGAAAAUAUUGAAUAAAAUAUUCAAAUAUCCAACAGUGAACUAAAAACGUUUUUGUCUUAUUCCUUUUUAGAUGUAAAAUCCGCCUGUAUCUAUACUAGAAUUAUACACAGAGUGGUUUGUGCCUUCUUUGUAUAACACUGUGUGACUAAAGGUAUUAGAUAUAGAAUAAUUUUGAGAGGGUAUUGUAUACUGCUUAUAUCGUAAUUUUUUAUCAAUUAAAAUAACUUGUACUAUGAAUGCUCGAAUUUCUUCCGUCCAUUUGCAUUGUUGUGUAUCAUGUUAAGAUCAAAAUAUACACAUUCUUUGAUAUGUUAAAAUUUGUGUUUCACUAAUUUCAUCAGUAUAUCCUCGGUCUUUUAUUCCUGUGAAAUUGUGAAGGCUAUUUAAAUGAACAUUGCUUGGUGUAACUAGGUACUGAGCUAGCAAUUAUUACUUUCUGAAACAAGAAAUCAGGGAAAUAAAUACAAUUUGUGACAAUAUUGCUUGAACUUAUUCAUUCUUCAAGGUUGGAUCUGUGGUCACUGGAAUAUUAUUUCUACUUAUUCUAUUUUCAUACUUUACGUAUGGGCUCAGGAUAUUCCAAGAUCCAUAAGUAAAUAAAAAAAAUUCCCGAGAUUCUCUAUAAAUUUUUGGUGCGGUAUCUUCAACAAUCGUUUGAUUGGCUCUCAUAUUUUUGAGAAUAGGUUGACAGGAGAAAUUUAUAAGAAUUUUUUGAAAAAUACUUUGCUUGGUUUGUUAGAAAACAUGGAGCUCCUGUGCACUAUUCAAGAAAAGUGCGCGAAUAUUUGACUAAAACUUUUGAAAACAGAUGGAUUGGCAGAGGUGGACAUGUUUCUUCGCCUCCUCGAUCCCCUGAGCUGACACAAUUGGAUCAUUUUUAUGAGGAGAGCUGAAAACAAGAGAUCUUUGCGGUACAUAUCAACUGCUACAAAGAAUUAUUGAAGUUUGUGAUAUUAUAAAAUCUCAAUCGAAUACGAAAGCGAAAUCUGUAAAAAAAAACAAUACCAACGUGCUCGAAAAU